AUGACUUCGUGGCUCAGCAAACAGAAGAAGCAGGCGCUGCUGGAAUUGUCCGCCGAGGCCGGCCUCAAGCAAGACGACGAUGUGCGCAAAGACGACCUCAUCGACAACCUCGACAAGUACCUCCAGGCCAACUCGACGCGCCUGGCGCGCAAUACCUCCUUCCAGCCCUACUUCGACACGCGUCGCACCCCCUUCAAGGCCAGAUCUAGCAGCGCUGGCGCCGUGACGAGCGACGAUGGCGAAGUCAAGAGUGUGGUCAAGGCGCGGGGGAGGAGAACGACAAAGGUCAAGCCAGAGGUCGGCGACGAGGAUGUUGCGAAUCUGUCCCCGUCCGGAGCGGUGGCCGCGGCCAGCAAUGCCAUCAACAACGCCUUGACCCCCGCCGUCAACAAAGUCCGCAGGCGCUCUCAGCUGCUCCCGGCUUCCCCCGCCGAUGUCGCAGACGAUGUCGAGGACGCGACGAAGAAGUUCUACUCCGGCCUGAGCAGCAUCUGGAACGACACGCGCAUUCCCGAAAUCGCCGAUACCAUCCGCGAGCACUGCAGCUCCGGCUUGGCCGUCCAAGCCACUGCUCUCGCCCUCGAGGCCUAUGGACUUCAGAACACCGUCUUGCCCCGGAGAUAUGCAUUUGAUGUCCCCUCCGUCCGUCUCGGCCGCACGUCCACGCCCAGCUACGCCAUCACCUUGCCAGAUCUGUUCCAGCUGGUGACGGGCGGCUUCUGGUACAACACGCUGCUCUGGUCUUCCACCUCCAUCUUCAUCCCGCUCUUGUUCAGCUACUUUUACAACGUCAGCACGCGUGAUGCCAGGCGCCCUCGCACUCGCGCCGUCACCGCGGCCGGACACGGCUUCGAUCCGCUCAUCUUCAACGUGGCCAAGGCCCUCUUGACCUACAUCAUCUACGGCCAAGGCUACAACUUCGGGCUUAUCGAUCGCCGGGCCAUUUCUGCUGUGAGCAUGUCCAUGAUUGGUGGCUACCAGGGCAUGAUGAUUGGAAGCUAUGUCGGCAUUCUCGUGGCUCUGUACGAAGCUGUGCUGAACAAGUAA